AUGGCAGCACAUCCACCCACCUUCACACGGCAACGAGAGCAGACAGUACCCGCCAACGACGGCUCCCGGACUGUGACACUUGAUCCUACAGAAGAAGAAUUGUCUGCGGCUGAGUCGGAAGAUGAUUCCAUUGGCAUUUUACGCCUUCGGGGUGAUCCGUCAGCACGAUCACCAAGGCAAAUUCAAUGGGCUGACAACGUCGUUGACAAUGAAAAUCUAGGACGUAAAAAAUCAAAAAUUUGCUGUAUUUAUCACCGUCCUAGAAUGCCAGGUGACGAUUCCAGUAGUUCGGACAGUAGCAGCGACAGCGACAGUGGUAGUGACAGCGAUAGCGCCAAUAGUGGAGCUCAUAACCAUGACCCUGCGUGUAAGCAUCACCAUGGUCGUGGCCGUUCAAGCAAAAAUCAACAGAAGCGUAACCCAAGAGAUGUUAGCCCCAAUGCAUAUGAACGACAGCCGGUUUACAAAAAUCUUCCACAACCUCCUCCUCAUGCACGCUAG